AGAGGGAGAAAGAGAGGUUGAAGAUGAUAGAGAUUGAUCAGAUGUAGCCAUCAAUGGCAUGGACCCGGUUAUGUCUGCCACCAUAUUUCAAUGAUUUUGUACUGUAACUGAUAGUCUUCCCCACCUGAUAUAUUGUACGAUCAGAUCAUUCAAAUUUUAAUGUUCAUACUUCCUUAAUUCAGAUUUCUUUUGGUUUUUCUUCCUAGUUUCAAGCAGCUUGAGAAGAAGGCACCAACAUAUCAUAAAAUCUUUUCUCAUCCACCCCCCCCCCCCCCCCCCUUCCUUUCUCUCUUUUGUACAUUCUUUGGGUUGUUAUCAAUGGCUGGGAUGCUUCCUGGAGUGGAAUGUGCACGAAGGAGACGGUUCCAUCAGAGUGGAGCUUGCUCGGAUUCACAAAUUACUGUGGCUGCACAUGGUGGGACAAGAAGAUCGUCAUUCUGCCUUUACAGAAGCAACCACGAACCCCAACAUCAUAACUCUACUUCACUGAAAAGAAGUUCAUUAAACCAAGCACACCAGGAUGAGAAGCUAGGAGAAGUAGCCAGAGAAGCCAAGGAAAGAUUAGAUGAAAGGUUGAGAACACAAAGAAAAACGAACACCAAAAGCAAAGAGAGCAUGAAAUGUGUGGAGGACAGAUCGAUGGUGCUAGGGGAGUUGCAGACAGAGGUGUUUGGGACUAAGAAGGGUGGGACAAGGAGGUUUAGUUGGGCCAAGUUGAGCUGGAAGGCAUCGGACCAAGACGAGUGCGCUGUUUGCCUGGAACAGUUCAAGGCCGGAGAGACCCUGGUGCACCUGCCUUGUGCACAUCGGUUCCAUGUGAAAUGUUUGGUGCCAUGGCUACAGAACAAUGCCCAUUGCCCUUGUUGCAGAAUGGGGAUAUUAAUUAUGUCUCGGUAACUUUGAUGAUCAGUUUCUUCUUCGCAGUUAUAAUUUCUUGCAAUUGGUUUUACGUUUUGUACAUGUUUGUCUAAAAUCUACCGAAUAUAUUUUUCGUUGAA